CCUAUAUGCCACUAGAAGGAUCUAUUUAAAGGUUACUCUGUAGUUUUUCUAAUUUGAGAAUUCUAUUUUUAAUACAUAAAAUUAACUAAACUGAUUAGUUUAAGAAAAUUUUCUUGUCUGGAAAUUGUAGUUAUUAAGAAUAGCUUGACUUUAAAGUCAAAAAUCUCGAUUAUACUUUGUGUAACACUUAAUGACACCAUGACUGCUAGAGGUAAUAUAAAAAACUCUCGAAUGCAUUUUAAAUUUCAAAAUGAGUCGAAUAUCGACUACAAAGGAACAAAACCAACAGCCGAGCAAUCAUCAAUUUUUGAAGUUUUGGUCUUAAUGAUUGUGCAUCUUUGCAAAAAAGUGUUAUUCUUUGAUACAAAUUUAAAAAUUGCAAUUUAUUUAGGUGCACUUUUUUUACUUUCACUUAUAGCAGACGUACUUACGUUUCCCAAAACAUACUUUUCGAGAAGUGAUAACAUUUUUAAUCAAUAUUUUGUGAAAAUUGGCUGGUUUUGGACACUAUUUUUGUCUGUUCCAUAUGUUGUACUCACAGCUUACACUAUUUGUUGUGGGAAGAGAAAAGUAAUUCUUACUUCUCAUUUAUCAAGAUUAUUAAUUGCUACAAUAUCAUGGUACAUGUGGACAACAGUUUUUAAUAUAAUAGAAACAAAAUAUGGCAGAUGCAAUUCAAACAAAUUUGAGAGCAAAGUAACCUGUUUGAAAAAUGGACAUUUCUGGAAUGGCUUUGAUAUCUCUGGACACUGUUUUAUAUUGAUAUAUUCCAGCCUAGUCAUGAUUGAAGAAGCUAAAGCUAUUAAUGGUUGGGAAAGAAUAAAAGAUUAUAUUAGAGAUGAAAAUUAUUCAAGAAGUCAAAAUGAUAAAACACCAAGUCAAAACCCAUUGAGGAAUAUAAAACCUGAUGAUUUGAAUACUUUAAAGACUUCUUAUGAAAAGUUUACACCAUAUGUUAGGGCACUUCUCAUAGCAAUUACUUGUCUUCAACUAUUAUGGGAUAUAAUGUUAGUUUCAACUAUAUUAUAUUAUCAUAUUAUGGUUGAGAAGUUUAUAAGUGGAAUUAUAGCUAUAUUAUCUUGGUUUGUGACAUACAGAGUAUGGUAUACAAUUCCCAACAUUAUGCCUAAGUUGCCAGGACAAGGCCUGUUCAAGUACAAUAGUGAUAAACCAGUGCAAGCAAAUAUACCAACUCGAAAAAGAACUAGUUUAACUAAUAGCAAACAUUUUAUGGGUAUGCCCAUUAAUAAAAUUCAGGAAAAUGAUACAACAGAAGAUAGUAGAUAAAAUAAGGAAAUUACUUAAGGUUUAGGGUGUCCUUUUUGUUUUGUUAUGGGAAAUAAUAAUUGUACAGUGGUUUUGUUGUAGCUUAUAUAAUUGAGGUUGGUUAUCUAUGAGGUAUAUAAGUUUUAAUUUAUUUAAUUCAGCAAUGUUAUUUCCAUUUAUUUUGCUGUAAAUAACAUUUAAAUAUUUAUUUGUUUGUAAUUGAUGUGACUGUUAUUACUGUAAUAAACUUGUUUUUUUUAAAUAUUGA